GAGCCUGAGCCUGAGCCUGAGCCUGAGCCUGAGCCUGAGCCUGAGCCUGAGCCUGAGCCUGAGCCUGAGCCUGAGCCUGAGCCUGAGCCUGAGCCUGAGCCUGAGCCUGAGCCUGAGCCUGAGCCUGAGCCUGAGCCUGAGCCUGAGCCUGAGCCUGAGCCUGAGCCUGAGCCUGAGCCUGAGCCUGAGCCUGAGCCUGAGCCUGAGCCUGAGCCUGAGCCUGAGCCUGAGCCUGAGCCUGAGCCUGAGCCUGAGCCUGAGCCUGAGCCUGAGCCUGAGCCUGAGCCUGAGCCUGAGCCUGAGCCUGAGCCUGAGCCUGAGCCUGAGCCUGAGCCUGAGCCUGAGCCUGAGCCUGAGCCUGAGCCUGAGCCUGAGCCUGAGCCUGAGCCUGAGCCUGAGCCUGAGCCUGAGCCUGAGCCUGAGCCUGAGCCUGAGCCUGAGCCUGAGCCUGAGCCUGAGCCUGAGCCUGAGCCUGAGCCUGAGCCUGAGCCUGAGCCUGAGCCUGAGCCUGAGCCUGAGCCUGAGCCUGAGCCUGAGCCUGAGCCUGAGCCUGAGCCUGAGCCUGAGCCUGAGCCUGAGCCUGAGCCUGAGCCUGAGCCUGAGCCUGAGCCUGAGCCUGAGCCUGAGCCUGAGCCUGAGCCUGAGCCUGAGCCUGAGCCUGAGCCUGAGCCUGAGCCUGAGCCUGAGCCUGAGCCUGAGCCUGAGCCUGAGCCUGAGCCUGAGCCUGAGCCUGAGCCUGAGCCUGAGCCUGAGCCUGAGCCUGAGCCUGAGCCUGAGCCUGAGCCUGAGCCUGAGCCUGAGCCUGAGCCUGAGCCUGAGCCUGAGCCUGAGCCUGAGCCUGAGCCUGAGCCUGAGCCUGAGCCUGAGCCUGAGCCUGAGCCUGAGCCUGAGCCUGAGCCUGAGCCUGAGCCUGAGCCUGAGCCUGAGCCUGAGCCUGAGCCUGAGCCUGAGCCUGAGCCUGAGCCUGAGCCUGAGCCUGAGCCUGAGCCUGAGCCUGAGCCUGAGCCUGAGCCUGAGCCUGAGCCUGAGCCUGAGCCUGAGCCUGAGCCUGAGCCUGAGCCUGAGCCUGAGCCUGAGCCUGAGCCUGAGCCUGAGCCUGAGCCU